UCCGUAUGUUACGACUUUUCCUGUAUUGAAAAUUGUCAUUUAAGAACUUGUAGUCUUUAUUAGGUAUCCAUCUAAAAAAUAAUAACCCUCUGGAAAAAAUCUUUAAAGGAUAAGUAUCCAGGUGCCUGGAACCUGCAUCCUAUACUAUAUUCGUGUAUAAUUUUUAUAAAAAAUUCAAAAAAAAUUUCAUAUACAUACAUAGGGAUCUACUUUAUUCCGUUUUCUUUUGAUUUACUCAAGAACACAAACGAGAUCUAUUGUAAAAAGCAUAAAUCUAAAACAACAAAAGAAUAUGGUAGCUGUUUUAAUUCGUAUAAACUUCUAUAUUGUUUUGUUAUUGACUUUUUGCAAUGCGAUGCCAUUCGAUAGAGCUCCCGUUGGAGAGCUAUUUACUAAAAAAAUUGAGGCAUACAUGUUUAAUUGGACAGAGCAGCUAACAGAACAGUUUAAAUAUCGACCAUCACUUGAAGGAUGUCCCGAUUUACCUUCUUGGUUACGUUAUAUGUACAGUAGUGAAUAUCAUGCUGGAUUUUUGUUUGGAACUCCUCCGGAAAGUUUAUCAGGGCAAGAGGUACGUUUGGAUAUCGUUGGAUUAAACAAAAAGAAUUAUGAAACAAGAAAAAUAACAGUAUCACUUUAUAUUUCACCGAAAUUUCCUUCACCAAAUGUAAUUCAAAUGAAAAUUGACAAUUUGAAUUGGGUACAUCUCAUGGAUCCGGGUCGAGUAGAAAAUUUAAAAAAUAUUUUUCGAAAAGAUUUAUGGCCACAAAGUCAGCAAGAUUUACAGUUGGUUUUUAUGGAAUCUGCAAUUAAUAUGGGGGCAAGAUUGCCGUUAAGACCUCAACAGAGAGAAGGAGUUGUUGUUCAUUUGGGAAGUUCUGUUCCUUUUUCCGAUCGGUUGAAAGAAUUGCAAGAGGAAGUCCGACCACUUUAUAAACUUCAAACGUGCAAUUACAAACGUACUUCAGUUCAAAAAAUUUUUGAAAAUGUUGGUUUUAAACUAGAUUGGUGUGCGUUUAAAAUCCUUGGCAUUGAAAUCUCUCCAGAAAUCUUAUUCCAUAAUCAUGAUAGCAGACCACACGGAGAAUUAAAGCGCUUAAAUCGUUGGAGUGGAAUAUCAAAAGAAGAAACACCUCAUCGUAAUUAUAUUGAUGAAUUUGCAUUUGCCUUUGCUAUACCUGGAGCAAUUUUUUCAGUUUUAUUUGGACUACUUUCAGCCGCAUUAUGUUUUCACCAUGAAAAGUUGUUUGAUUUGCAUUCCGAAUUUUUUCUUGAAAACAUUUUUCAUAUAUGUGAAGAUUAUUUAAGUUCUACAAAACCGGAAACCACACAAACCGUUCAAAUGGUGCAUUGUUCUGGAGAAACAACUAAUCAACCUACAACGACUCUGAAGAGUUUAAAAGAUCCAAAUAUGCUACUAGAUAAUGUCAGUCUGCAAUCGCAAAGUCCUAACAACAGUUUGUGUCGUAAUGGUGAAACCAGCCCAAGAAGUGGAAACAAUUAUUUGAGGCCAAACCCACCUCCAUAUAAGCCUACUAAUAGUAACCGGAGCAUUGGAGAUGUUUCGACACGCGUUUUGUACUGUUAAGUGCAGUUCAAGUUUGUCAAAGCAAAUACAUAUAUAUUGGUCUUAACAAACCACUUAAAAGGAAAAUAUUUCCGUUUUAAACAUGUAGUCAAUUUAACUAGUCAUCAUAAUACAUAUUAUAUACAUACUUAAAUAAUAUUAUAUUGCUAUUCACAGCCAUUUCAUAUUUACUUCUUAAGAGAAAUAAAAU